AUGACUGAUACCGAAUCUGGGAAACGAAAGGCCUCCACAGCCGGACUCCCCGGUCAUAACCGUCCCGUGAAGAGACGCGCCUCAAAAGCCUGCUGCUGUUGCCGUGCCCGUAAAGUGCGCUGUGAUGUGGUGGAAAAUGGCUCUCCAUGCACAAAUUGCCGUCUAGAUCAGGUUGAGUGCGUGGUCACGGAGAGUAAACGCAGAAAGUUCGUGAAGUUGAAAAUUAAUUGGCCUCCAAAACUCACUAACCUGUCAUCUAGGAAAUCUCGCGUUGAGGUAGAGAACCACUCCGAGUCUCCGGAAGCCUCAGAGGAGAAUUCUUUCCACCGACUUGGUGGUCUUCCAGGGUUGGCCGAUUUGGUGCCAACGUCUCCCUCACAGACCUCGGUGGAUUUUGACCAGGGUCAGCAUAUGCCUCAUCUGCUAUGUUCGUCCAUUCCCUCAGAACUUACAGGCACUCCAUUUGGCUGA